AUGGCUCCUAGCAUGAUUAGAAAUGUUAUUGGAGCAGUCAAGGAUCAAACCAGCGUAGGCUUGGCCAGAGUUGGUAGCAGCUCCUUUUUGUCAAACCUCGAGGUAGCCAUGGUUAAGGCCACUAGGCAUGAAGAAUACCCACCGAAUGAGAAGCAUAUCAGAGAUAUUCUGAGCUUAACGUGCUACUCGCGUCCAUAUGUUGGCGCAUGCGUUAGUACCAUUUCAAGGCGCAUAAGCAAAACAAAGAACUGGGUUGUGGCACUGAAGGCAUUGAUUUUGAUCCAGAGGCUACUUACAGAAGGAGAUCCAGCUUUUACAGAGGAGAUUUUCUUUGCGACAAGGCGUGGGACUCGUCUUCUCAACAUGUCUGAUUUUCUCGACAGUUCUCGGUCGAACUCUUGGGAUUAUUCUGCGUUUAUCCGAACAUAUGCAUUGUACCUGGACGAACAUCUUGAAUUCAAGAUGCAAGGCAAGCAGGGGAAGCACAGUGCAUUUGCCUACGAAGACGAGGAAAACGAGGUUGGGUGGAAAGCCCAGGGUGUUGAGGCAACACCAGUGCACGAAAUGAAGAAUGAAAGGAUAUUCUCAAGGAUUCAUCAUCUGCUGCAACUUCUUGAGAGAUUUUUAGCAUGCAGACCAGCAGGUGUUACAAAAUAUAACAGGGUUGUAAUUGUUGCUCUGUACCCUAUAGUAAAAGAGAGCUUUCAGCUAUACUAUGAUAUAACAGAAAUCAUCAGUAUCUUGAUUGAUCGGUUCAUGGAGCUAGAUAUACCUGAUUCAGUAACAGUUUACGAGAUCUUCUGUCGAGUUUCGAAGGAGUACGAUGAGCUCAACGCUUUUUAUGAUUUUUGCAAGAGUGUUGGAGUAGCAGGUACUUUAGAAUAUCCGUGCAUUCAGAAAAUACCACAAAAGAAACUAGACGUCAUGGAUGAAUUCAUCAAAGAGAAAUCAGUAAUGGCACAAAAGAGGAAUCGGAUCAUGGCACCAAAACCUGAACCAACUGUAGAAACCAAAAAGUCGAAACCCGAAGAGGACAUGAAUGGAAUUGAAGCCUUACCGCCACCAGGAGAAUUUCUUGAAGAAACAGAUAAAGAAGAAAAGAAAGACGAAGAGGUGACGAGUAAGGAGAAUAAUAAAACACAAGAUGUAGGAGAUUUGUUGAACUUAGGUGAAGAUGCUCCAACCACAGAACAUGGGGACAAACUGGCUUUAGCCCUAUUUGAUAGCUAUCCAGCGCCAACCAUAACGUGUACAGCAACUCCAUGGGAAGCUUUCAAAGAAUCAGACGAUUGGGAAGCAGAAUUGGUUCUGUCGGCCAGCCAUUUCUCGAACCAGAAGGCAUCACUUCCCUGGGGCUUCGACUCAUUGAUGCUUGAUGGUAUGUAUCAACAAGGGGCCAUAGCUCAGGCAGCAGCUUCUACAAGUCUUAUAGCCACUGGAAGUGCAAGUAGUGUUGCAAUAGGUUCGACUGGAAGGCCGGCCGUGCUGGCAUUGCCAGCUCCACCGCCAACCUGUGGAGUCGCCAACAUGUCAACAAAUUCUGACCCUUUUGCAGCCUCACGAGCGAUAGCACCACCACUGUAUGUUCAGAUGUUCGAGAUGGAAAAGAAACAGAGACUUUUAGAAGAGCAGUUAAUGUGGCAACAAUAUGCAAGAGAUGGACUGCAAGGACAAGUAGGAUUAGCUAACCCAUAUCAAAAUCCAUAUCCAUACAACGCAGGAGGUUACAUGAGAACCUACUGA